UUUUCUUUUCCAAUGGAGCAGGUUUGUUUUUUCUCUUUUUUUGGAUGUUUAAGAGGUUUUAUUUGGAUGGAGUUUUUUAGGGUUAGUUUCCCACGGAACGCGUACUUAUUUCAUGAAAUUACAUUUUGUUUUGGUCCCGUAUUUUUGGGAGAUUGACUCGAUCUCAGAUUUUUUGUGAGCUUAUUAGAGCCCUAGUGUUUAUUUUUUAUACAUAUCUUUGACUGGGCUACUAUUACCAUUAUCGGGUAGGGUUUGUCGAUCAUGAUUUCGGGUGAGAUUCCAAUGCAGCUUAACUUUCAUCUUCUCUAGCGUUUAAGGAAACGAGAAUCCCCCUAAAAUGUAAUUGAAAUUUGUUUGUUUUUUUAGCUGUCCAAGCUGUUUUUGAAAAAAAUUCUACAGCAAAUGAUUUGAUUCAUUUAAUGAUUAAACACUUGGAAAUUGACGAUAUUACUGAUGGGGAAGAAGCUUUGGCUAUUUGGCUUGUUUCUCCUCUUUUAGAAAUUCAACUUAAACCCUGUCAAAUUCUCUACAAAAUUUACCAAAAAUGGCCCGCAUUUUUGACUCGUUUUACAAACGCUGAAGACCAUGAAAUUUUACUUGACGAACCUUUAAUAGUUUUGAGAAGAAAUGUUUUGUUGACUUUGGACAGAGAAAUACAGUUAACAACAAAAUAUGAAAAAUUAGCCCAAGUUUUAUAUUUUGAUGCUAGAGACAAAUAUUUGUGUGGAAAAUAUUCUGUGGACAUUGAAUCUUCUUUAGAAUUGGUUGGACUUCAAUUGGCUAUUGAAUUUGGGCCUUGUAAUGGAAAUUAUAAUAAAAUGAUUGACUUGAUUUAG